AUGGCUCUUGUAUUUGUUGAAAUGGUUGGCUACUUCGCAAUCAGGCCUCCUGGCCACGGAGUCAAGCUCACCAAGCUCAUUCCAAGCAUUACGGCUGCACUCGCUGGAUGGACGAGAUAUAAAGUCUUGGUCUGUGGGAUACAAGCAGCCAAUUCCAUACCUGAUACUUAUGCUCCACGCUAUGUUGAUUGUCCAAAUGGAAUGGAACUCGCUCGAAAAGCGCCCGGCCUGUCGAGCACCGAGGCAACUUGGGUUCGUGGCCGGAAAGCUGUUGCUGCCGACGCGUUCAGUGCUUAUCUCCAGCGCUUGAACUUAUCCAACUUCGACGCGAGGAACUACACAGCGUGGAUAUUUAAAGAUCCUGCCCACAACAUGCCAACGUUAGGGUUUGCAAAUAGUGGUGGUGGCUUCCGUGCUGCAUCCACCGGCAUAGGUGGCUUGAGGGCUUUCGAUAACCAGCUGCCGGCUGCAGUACAUGCAAAAACGGGUGGAUUACUCCAAAGCCUUACCUAUUUCGCUGGCCUUUCCGGAGGCUCAUGGCCGCCUAGCUCCUAUGCAUUUCACAAUUACCCUGCCAUUGACGAUCUAGUCAAGACCUGGCACGUGGAAAUUGCACAUUUCUCUGCCACCAAUGAUAGCGAGUACGCUGCCACGUCGCAGACAUACUUCGAGCAGAUCUAUUCCAAGGCAGAGGCAGGAUUCAAUGUCUCUGUUGCUGAUUACCUGGGCAGAGGUUUCGGCUACCAAUUCCUCCCAGGUGAAAAUGGUGGUCUAAAUCUGACAUGGUCUUCCAUCACCGAGCUCAGCAAGUUCAAGAACUUUUCUGGACCCAUGCCUAUCUUGCAGACUAGCUCCCUCAAUCAGUCUUCUUUUGUGGAAGAAGGUCUCUACGCUCCACUGGAAAAUGCCACUAUCUAUGAAUGGAACCCUUUUGAGUUUGGAUCUUGGGAUGUCGGUUUCACGCCCACCAAAUACGUGGGUUCAGUGCCAAAUGCCAAUGGUAAAGCAGAAAGAUGCGUGGAGAAUCUGGAUUCAGCUGGCUUUGUGAUGGGUUCUGCUGCAGCCGCUUGGAACUACUGGUGGAUCGGAAUUGCUUCGAAUAACUCUCUUGGACAGUUUUCCAAGCGCAGUGAUUCCGGAACGACCCUUGAAAAGCGACAAUCUGGUGAAAGCCUCGAAACGUUGGAGGCGCUCGACCACGCUUUCAAUCAAACCUUCAAUCUAAGUCUAUCACAGAUUGCCAAUCCUUCUGUGCCUAACCCCUUCGGCGGCCACGACAAUAUCACCCUUGCGGAUGGGUCGGAAGCAGGCCAGUCAGUCCCGUUCUGGUCGCUCAUUCAACCAGCACGUAAAGUUGAUUUCAUUAUUGCAUGGGACGACGAUGGGGGAGAAACUCGACCUAAUUACUGGAACAAUGGCACCAAUGUCUGGAAUACUUACAAUCUUGCUAAAGCGGCAGGCCUUCCGUUCCCUAAGGUACCCCCUCCAGAGACGUUUCUCGCGCGCAAUUACACACUCAAGCCAGUCCUUUUUGGCUGCAACAGCAGCUUGACCACCACCGGGGACUCGAGGUCACCGAUCGUCCUCUACCUCACCAACGCGCCCUACAGCUAUUACAGUAAUUUCAGCUGGCAAACGCCGAACAUGACAUGGACCGAAUUUCAUGGCGUUAUGGUGAACAGCUUCGACUUUGUCACUCAAGGUAACGGUACACUGGAUUCUGAAUGGGCGCAGUGUAUAGGGUGCGCGGCAAUUGAUAGGAGUCUGGAGAAGAUGGGUGUCGAGAGGACCAAGCAAUGCGAAAGCUGCUUCGCCAACCACUGCUGGGAUGGGACUACAUCUGAGCUGCCCAAGGGGUUUGUUUUAGAUCCAAGCUUGCAGCUGAAUCCGUCCCUGGGGUUUGUUGAGUGGAAUAAGACACAGCCUUUCUCUGGUGGAGGAAUAACUGGAUGA